AUGAUGUGUCGUGUAUUGUGUUUUCUCACUUUGCUGUUGAGUGUUGUCUCUUUGUGUGUGACAGCUGUGGCAGAUUCUUCUCCUGCCGAUGGUCCUUGUGCUAAAGGUGCUGAUUCUCUUCCUGAUGGUCAAACUUGCCCACCUGCCCCUUCUCCUGUUCCACCACCUCCUCCUCCGGGUCCACCACCACCACCUGGUCCUCCUCCUCCUACACUUUCUGAUGUUGAGGGUACUUGUACUUCAGAUACUAACUGUAAUGCCGGCCGUAGUGCUUCUGGUCCUUCUAGUCCUAAUUGUGAGACGUCUACUGAGUCGGAAACUUGUAUUCCUAAGGAUCCUAAGAAGGAAGACAGUUGCCGUGAUGGAUCUGAUCACCCUUGUACACAACCACAGCAUGAACCGGGUCAACCUACUCAUAAUCCUCAACGAGAAGGUAAUCUAAAUGGUAAACCAGGUUCCACUGGUGUUUCUGGUGAACCAGGAGAAUCUGCGGCGGGUACUUCUGAACCUUCUGUUCCUUCUUCUUCUUCUGACCCUUCUGUUCCUGGUCCUACUCCUACACCUCCUGCUGCUCCUCAACCUCCUGAGGGGAGUGUUGUUGGGCCUUCAGUUGAUGACCAAACUGGAAGCAACGGCAACAAUACACCGCGUGAGGGUGGAAAUGGAGAUAACAAUGAAACUGCGGAGAAACAACCUUCUGCUGACUCUCCUAACACUUCGGCCACAGUGAGUGGUGAUGGUUCUGAUACUGCAUCACCAGGGAAUGGCACUAUACCUGCAGGGAGUGAAUCAACAAGUAACCCAGCUAAUGAAGAAUCAACUAUCACCACCACCACCACAACAACAACAACACUUCCUCCUGAACUCACAAACAACAAGAAGAGUGAUGCAGACAGCAGCAGCAGUAUCAGCAGUUCUGUGUGGGUGCGUGUGCCACUACUGAUUGUGUUUACACUGGCCUGUAUUCUUGUGUGCUGA